CCUCCAGGGGCAAGGUGGGGUUCGGGGGGGGGGGGGACGGGACGGCAGCCCAGAAAUACACCCGACCCCCCCACGACCACCACCCCAAGCCAGGCUGAGAGAUGCUGUAGGGCAGGUCAACGGGCAAAACCCUUCACCCUCCCAACCCCAAAACCCUCCAUCGCUUUUAACAUCCCCCGCUCCCCCCCAACUUUGCCGCCCCCCCGUCGCGGUGCCCGGACCCCCCGCCCGCCUCCACCCCGGGGCUCAAGGUCUGGAUCCCACACCCAGGCUGGGACAGUGACCUGCCAACCAUGGGGGUUAAAGCCAUGCUCCCCAGCUAUGAACUGGGCUUUUAUGCUCUCGUGGUGACGUGUGCUGUGGUGUACAGUGGCAGUGGGAUCUUCGAGGCAUCCAGAGACAGCAUGAACAGAAAAGCCUUCCGGGACGGCAUCAAGCCGGGCUGGCACUACUUUGGCAGGAAGAUGGACGUGGCUGAUUUCGAGUGGGUGAUGUGGUUCACCUCGUUCAGGAACGUCAUCAUCUUUGCCCUCUCGGGACACGUCCUCUUUGGCAAGCUCUGCUCCAUGACAGUGCCACAGCACCGAGCCGUGGUGUACAUGCUGUAUGGGGUCCUGGCUGUGCUGGGCAGCAUGGGGCUUGUCUACCUGAUGAUCAUCCUCUCCCACUGCGUUGUCCUCUACUCCGUUGCACUGGCCAAGCAGAAGUGGCUCUGCUACGUGGCCGGGCUUUGCUGUCUUGCCUCCUUGAAGGUGGAGCCAUUCAGCUCCUGGCAGAGCGGGUUUGUUACGGGAGCUUUUGAUCUUCAAGAUGUCCUCUUCUAUGGAGGAAGCAGCUUCACCAUCAUGCGCUGCAUGAGCUUCGCGCUUGAGAGCUCUGAGAAGAAAGAGGGCAUCUACUCCAUCUUUGACCUCCUCAAGUACAAUUUCUACCUCCCCUUCUUCUUCUUUGGGCCUGUCAUGACGUUCGACCAGUUCCAUGCCCAGGUGAGCACCCGAGAGCUGAGGCGCAAAGAUGACGAGAUGAAGCGCAUCCGGGUCCAUGCCCUCCUCCACGUGGGGGGCGUCGUGGCUGUGGACAUCUUCUUCCACUUCUUCUACAUCCUCACCCUUCCUUCUGACUUGAAGUUCGUCAGCCGCCUCUCGGACUGGUCCUUGGCUGGCUUGGCCUACUCCAAUUUGGUGUACGACUGGGUGAAAGCUGCUGUCAUGUUUGGGGUCACCAACACCAUCGCCAGGCUGGACCACCUGGACCCACCCCAGCCCCCAAAAUGCAUCACCAUGCUCUACAUCUUUGCAGAAACGCAUUUUGACAGAGGGAUCAAUGACUGGCUGUGCAAGUAUGUGUAUGACCACAUUGGAGAGAACCAUGACAAGAUCAUGAAGGAGCUGGUGGCCUCAGUCGCCACCUUUGCUGUCACCACCCUGUGGCUGGGGCCCUGUGAGAUCGUUUACAUCUGGUCUGUCUUCAACUGCUUUGGUCUCAACUUCGAGCUCUGGGUGCAGAAGCUCUUCCAGCAGCAGCCUUUUGCCAAACUGGAGGCCAAACUGUCAGGGGCCAUGUCUCGGAGGAUUAGGGCUGCUUUUGGGGCAGCAAAUUUCUGGGCCAUCGUCCUCUACAACAUCCUUGCCCUCAACAGCCUGGAGUUUGCACUGCUGGUCACCAAGAGGCUCCUUCUGACAGGUUUCCCUGUCAGCACCUUGUCCAUCUGGUUCAUCACGUACUGUGGAGUGCAGCUGAUCAAAGAGCGUGAGCGCAUCCUGGCCAUCCAGGAGGAGGAGUGUGACAAAGCCAAGGUGGAGUAGAAGGAGGCAUCCCUGAGCUUGUCCCGAAGCCUCCUCUCCUCGACAGCCACUUCUGCCAGGCUGGCAACUGGCAGGGGCUCUCCAAGCACUCCUGGCAAUCAGACUGCUGUAGCUCACCCACCUAGAAGUCACCUGGAAGGCACAGGUCACCCCCUUGCUGCAGGCAAGAUUUUCUGUAGGACACAGUGGGCUUUGCUCAGGCCCCCCAUGUGUGGCAGACUGCUGAGGUAGGUAGGCUCCCAGGACAUUUCUUGAAUGCCCAAAAGAGCCAUCCCCCAUCAUUUUUCUGACCCUCGGGCAUUGUGCAGGCCUAGAGGCUUUCACCCCCUGCUUCCCAUAGCACUUGGACCACCAGCACUUGGCUCUCCUGCAGGACCUGUAGCUCAAGGCUCCCAGAGGAGACACUCCCAAGUCCAAUGGCUGGAGGUUUUAAGGUAGACACAAACCUAUGGGAAAGAGAUAAGCUGGAGCUGAGCCUGCUCUGAGCAGACCAUCUCCAGGUCACUUUGAGCCCAAGCAUCCCAUGUUUCCAUUGCUACAAGAAAUGGUCAGUGUCUCCUGCCAAGGGUUGGGCAUCUAUAGUUGUGCAGUAAGGACCGUGAAACGGCUCAGCCUGAUCUAGCCCUACCAAGAGACUCAUAAAUAAAUAGUAGAGUCUUUGUAGCAAAGGGAAGGAGGACCAGGAAUGGCUCAUUGAAGGGCAAUUAUUCCCCCUCACUGUCAGUGGUGCAGAGUAAUAGCUGUUACCACCUUAAGCUUUCUGCAAAAGAGGUCCCUUCAGUGCUUAAUGUCUUGAAAGAAAUUAUUUAGUGCCAAUAUCAGGCAUAGUUAAUGAGUCUGGGAGCCCAAGCUGCUUCACAGCCAUCCCACACAUCAUGUGCAGGGAACCUGGGAAGCAGGUGUGCCAAAGGAACACCACACGUGGCCUACAACUGCUUGAGCCCCAGGCCCCACCUUGAACCCAAAGGGCUGGUUGGCCACGAGGACCCAUGUGGCCACAAGGACCAUCCUGCUGUGAUACAUGUCCUGGGACUCAAACCAAAUCCCACUUGCAUUUUUUACACGCCAUGGAUGAAGGUUUAAGCUCACGUUCCUGCCCGUGACUGAAGAACAGAAGAUGCUGUAGCCAGCUCUUGCUCAUCUCCAGCCAGCCAGCCCUUUGCUCACUUGACUUUGGUGCACACAGCCAUGCACAGCUGAAGGAGCACACACACACACACACACGUGUGUGUGUACAACCACAGGAGCAAGACCCUGAGUGAAGGGCAGUGAUCUGGGACUCAGGGGCAGGAGGAAAGCCCUGGUAGACUCCUUGGAGAAGGAGUCAUUGGGACACUGCAGAGUGAGUGCAUUGAGGAAACGUACAGGUGUGAAAGAAACACGGUGCCUUGGGGGAGAGGUAGGUUUAUAACUGAACAACCACUCGGGCUCUCGUGCACUUUAGAGUAACUUUAGGGGCCUUAUGUCUGAGUUAUGUUUGUACAGGGAGGGCAGAAUCUGGACCACUUUGCAGAGCAGGUUGAGAUGCUUGGUGCUGGUGUGUUCUGGCUUCCCUGUGGGUGAAACGGGACCCGUUCCUAGCCAGCUUCCAGCUCUGCCAAAGUAACUUGUGAAGUCCAUGACAAGUGUCAUUUAUUUAUGCAGUAAAUAAAUGUUGGACACCUGUGGUA